UUAACACCGACGGACCGGGGUUCAUACAUGCCCGUCAGCUCGUCCUCUGUGAACGUUUUUGUGAAGUUAACGUUAAUUUUAACGCCGUCUUUAUUGAAAUAUUACGUAUCGAUAACCGUCGGUGCAGGAUGACGUCCAGAGGGACACCGAGCCGCUUCCUCCAGAGUGUCCUCCAAAACGGAGUCGGUCGGUACGUCUGCCAGCUGAAGCGAGUCUCCGUCAUCUUCUCCAAAAACGCUCAGAGCUCUUUGGGAGUCAGGGAGUUUAUUGAGGAGGGGGUGGUGGAUUAUGCAAAGAAGAACCCUUCAACCGUCGUCUAUGUGUCUCCUCAGUCCUGCAGGAUCCCCAAAAUAGUUGCAGAAUAUUUGAACGGCAACGUCAGAGAAGAAAUCGUAACAAGCAAAACGUCUCAGCAGAUUUUAGAGCUUCUGACCAAAAUGACCAACCAGUCCGGCCUGGACAUCAUCCGCAUCCGCAAGCCCUUCCACACAGACAGCCCCAGCAUCCAGGGCCAGUGGCACCCGUUCACCAACCGGCCGCCGUCCAUCGACCCCAUCAGACCACCGAAACAGGACGCCCAAUAAGGACUAGUUUAACCCUUUGAAAUGUGGAUCGACAUCAGUUUUGUUGUGGUGCGAUGAACUGAUUUUCACAAGCAUUUAAACCUUUGAAACCCAGAGUGAGCUGGUCAAUUCUUCAGAAAUAAGA